CCUGCCCCUAGCGCCUUUGUAAUUCCCCUGCCGCCGCACCACAAAGAGCCCGCCAAGCCGAGAGCUGGGACUCCCAGGGAGAAGGUGGUGAGCUGAGCAGAGUCACAGGCAGAUGGCUUCCUCAGACCCGUCUCCUCAGCCUGCAGUAGGAGACCAGCCAGCCCAGGAUGUCCCAAGGACUUCCCCUGAGGCCGAGGAGGACCCGGGAGAGGCUUUUGAGUUUGAUGACAGUGAUGAAGAGGAAGAGGACUCCAGGAAGGGCCCAGAGAAGGAUGGAGAAGCCCCCCUCAUUCACUUUGAUGCUGCCCCUCUCACUGAUCCCGCGGCUGCCCAGCCUCAGCCAGAGACCCUGGCUGUGGUGAGCAAUGGAGAAUCCGUGGGAGCUGGGAAUCGGCAUUCCAGCUGGAAGCGGAAGAGCUCUCGCCGAGUUGACCGUUUCACUUUCCCCAUCCUGGAAGAAGAUGUGAUUUACGAUGACGUCCCCUGCGAGAACCUGGACUCUCACCAGCACGGGUCAGAGAGGAGCCUGAUUUAUGAGAAUGUCCACCGAGAAGGAGGCCCGAGGGAGUCAGAAGACCUAGGCUGGAGCUCCAGUGAGUUCGAGAGCUACAGUGAAGACUCUGGAGAAGAAGAGGUCAAACCAGAAGUGGAGCCCACCAAACACCGUGUGUCUUUCCAGCCCAAGCUUUCUCCAGAUCUGUCUAGGCUAAAGGAGAGAUACGCCAGGACUAAGAGGGACAUCUUGGCUUUAAGAGUUGGGGGGAGAGACAUGCAGGACCUGAAGCAGAGAUACGAUUGUAAGAUGACCCAGCUCAUGAAGGCUGCCAAGAGCGGGACCAAGGAUGGGCUGGAGAAGACGAGAAUGGCAGUCAUGCGCAAAGUCUCCUUCCUGCACAGGAAAGAAGUCCUAGGUGACUCAGAAGAGGAGGACAUGGGGUUCCUGGAAGUCACUGUUUCAGAUAUCAAGCACCCAGCUCCAGAACUGGGACCCAUGCCUGAUGGCCUCAGCCCUCAACAGGUGGUGAGACGUCACAUCUUACGGUCCAUUGUGCAGAGUGAGGGCAGCUAUGUGGAAUCCCUGAAACGGAUCCUUCAGGAUUACAGAAACCCCCUGAUGGAGAUGGAGCCCAAGGUGCUGAGCGCUCGCAAGUGCCAGGUGGUCUUCUUUCGCCUGAAGGAGAUUCUGCAGUGCCAUUCCAUGUUUCAGAUCGCCCUCUCCUCCCGAGUGGCCGAGUGGGACACGACUGAGAAGAUCGGCGACCUGUUUGUGGCCUCGUUCUCUAAGUCCAUGGUCUUGGAUGUGUACAGUGAUUAUGUCAACAACUUUACUACUGCCAUGUCCAUCAUCAAGAAAGCCUGUCUCACCAAGCCAGCGUUCCUGGAGUUCCUCAAGAGGCGACAGGUGAGCAGCUCAGAUCGAGUCACCCUCUAUGGGCUUAUGGUGAAGCCCAUCCAGAGGUUUCCUCAGUUCAUCCUUCUGCUUCAGGACAUGCUGAAGAACACCCCCAAAGGCCACCCCGACAGGCUGUCCCUCCAGCUGGCCCUCACGGAGCUGGAGACGCUGGCUGAGAAGCUGAACGAGCAGAAGCGGCUGGCUGACCAGCUGGCUGAGAUCCAGCAGCUGACCAAGAGCGUGAGUGACCGGAGCAGCCUCAACAAGUUGCUGACGUCGGGUCAGCGGCAGCUGCUGCUGUGCGAGACCCUGACAGAGACGGUCUAUGGGGACCGUGGGCAGCUCAUCAAGUCCAAAGAAAGGAAGGUCUUCCUGCUCAAUGACAUGCUGGUGUGUGCCAACAUCAACUUCAAGCCUGUCAAUCACAGGGGCCAGCUGGAGAUCAGCAGCCUGGUCCCCCUGGGCCCGAAAUACGUGGUGAAGUGGAACACAUCCCUGCCCCAGGUGCAAGUGAUGGAAGUGGGCCAGGAGGGCGGCACCUACGAUAAGGACAACGUCGUCAUUCAGAACGCCGGCGCCAAGAAGUCUUCCCCAGCCAGCCAGGCCCACAACAAGGUGUACCUCGGGCCCCCUCGCCUCUUCCAGGAGCUGCAGGAUUUGCAGAAGGACCUGGCUGUGGUUGAACAGAUCACCCUGCUUAUCAGCACCCUUCAUGGCACCUAUCAGAAUUUGAACAUGACAGUGGCUCAAGAUUGGUGCCUUGCCUUACAAAGGCUGAUGAGGGUGAAGGAAGAGGAAAUCCAUUCUGCUAAUAAGUGUCGUCUCCGUCUCCUGCUCCCUGGAAAGCCAGACAAGUCUGGCCGGCCCAUCAGUUUCAUGGUGGUUUUUAUCACACCCAACCCCCUGAGCAAGAUCUCCUGGGUGAACCGUCUACACUUGGCCAAAAUUGGGCUCCGGGAGGAGAAUCAGCCUGGCUGGAAGAGCCCUGAUGAGGACAAGAAGAGCAAAGCCCCCUUUUGGUGCCCAAUUUUGGCUUGUUGCAUCCCUGCCUUUUCGUCUCGCACCCUCAGCCUUCAGCUCAGGUCCCUGAUCCACAGUCCAGUCCACUCCCCUCUCCUGGGCUUCUCUGCAGUCAGCACAUCCCUUCCUCAAGGCUACCUCUGGGUUGCUGGUGGCCAGGACGGUGCUGGUGGCCAGGUGGAGAUCUUCUCCCUGAACCGGCCCACACCUAGAAUGGUCAAGUCCUUCCCUGUGGCCUCCCCUGUGCUCUGCAUGGAAUACAUUCCAGAGAAGAACGAGGAGGAGGAGGACCAAGAAUCGGGCAGGCCGGCCCCCGACCCCUCAUCUGUGGUACAUCCAACCAUCUGCCUCGGGCUUCAGGACGGGAGCAUCCUUGUGUACGGCAGUGUGGACACAGGGACCCAGUGCUUGGCCUCCUGCAAGAGCCCCGGACUACAGCCUGUCCUAUGCCUCUGUUACAGCCCCCACUACCUCUUUGCUGGCCUACAGGAUGGGACUGUUGCUGCCUACCCCCAGAGCAGCGGUGGCCUCUGGGAGAUGGAGAGCCCACCAACGUGCUUGACCGUGGGGCCAGGACCCAUCCGAACCUUACUGAGCCUGGAGGAUGCUGUGUGGGCCAGUUGUGGACACCAGGUCACUGUGCUGGAUGCUACGACUUUACAGACUCAGCAAAGCUUUGAGGCGCACCAGGAGGAGGCGGCGAGCGUGACACACAUGGUGAAGGCGGGCAGCGGCGUCUGGAUGGCCUUCUCCCUGGGCGCCUCCAUUCGCCUCUUCCACACGGAGACUCUUGAGCACCUCCAGGAGAUCAACAUUGCCACACGGACCACUUCCCUCCUGCCAGGCCAGAAGCAAGUCUGUGUGACCAGCCUGCUCAUCUGCCAGGGUCAGCUCUGGGUGGGCACCGACCAGGGCAUCAUUGUUCUGCUGCCUGUCCCCCGACUGGAGGGUAUCCCCAAGAUCACAGGAAAGGGCAUGGUCUCCCUCAAUGGUCACUGUGGGCCAGUGGACUUCCUAGCUGUGGCCACCAGCACUCUGGCUCCUGAUAUCCUGAGGAGUGACCAGGAUGAGGCCGAGGAGGAGAAGGGAAGGGGCCAUCCCAGGCCUCCACCGCCCUGACGUCCCCAGCCCGAGCUGGUCCAAAAAGGGCAUUCUUUCCAGUACCGCCUCGCCCACGGGCAACCUGGGACCCCUCCCUUCAGGCGUGAGCCGGACCCCGAUGGGACGGCCCUGGCCCACAGUGAGGAGGAUGGCUCUAUAUAUGAGAUGGCGGAUGACCCCGAUGUUUGGGUGCGCAGUCGGCCCUGUGCCCGUGAUGCUCAUCGUAAAGAGAUCUCCUCGGUGGCCAUCAUCUCGGGAGGGCAGGGCUAUCGCAACUUUGGCGGCGGCGGGAGGCCAGCCUUGGGCAGCGAGACAGACAGUACCCUGCUCAUCUGGCAGGUCCCCCUGAUGAUCUAGCCGCCCUCCCUCCACUGGCCGCCCUUCUAGGAAUAGUGCCUUGCACUGCCCUGGGAAUGCCAACAUGCUGCCGUGACCUACCUGGGCCUUUAUUUUCCAUAGUGCCCUUUCCUCUAUUUUCUGUCAGGUCAGGGUAAAAAAAGACUGAAAAGAAGUCACUUCUUCACGUGCCAGCUGCUUCGUAGGGUAAAAAUAGGUCUUGAGGAGCUCUCUUGGCAGAAGGGGAAGAAAACUCUUUUUUAAAAACAAAACAAAAAAAACUUUUAAAAGGGUAUUUUUUUUUUUGUUUUUGUUUUUUUGAUUUAGGGUUCUAGAUAUGGAGGGAAUCUUUGGAGAAAAUAGUCUUUUAAAAUAAAUAUAUAUAUAUGCGUUUUAUAUAUAUGUGUAUAUAUAUGUGUACAUAUAUAUAUAUACACACAUACAUGAACAUCACAACUGCCAAUCAAAGCACUGUCCUCAUGGGCUCAAGGGCAGAAUUAGAUUUUACAAAACUCACCUCUCUAAAGAUGUGUGCUUGUGCAAGAGUGUGUGUGUGUGUGUGUGUGUGUGUGUGUGUGUGUGUGAGUGUGUGUGUGAGAGAGAGAGAGAGCGAGAGCGAGAGCAAGAGCAAGAGAUGGGUGUGUGCCCCUGUACAAAUAAAUAAGUAUAUAUAAUGUAUAUUAUUUAUGUAAAAAUAAAGUCUGUAUAUAUUGGUGCAUCGGGAGAGACAAUAAUAAAGGCAUGGUUAAUGUCUGUAUUUGAGUUGUGCGUC